AUGGCGAAGAAUAAGAAUGCAGGCCAUAAAGGGUCCUAUGGCUACCAGAAGCUGAAAGAACGAGAACCAAGAGCUUGCAUCCGAUUCAAAUGUGCGCUCACAAACACCAUCUUAGAUAUCCUGCGUCGGAGACCAGGAUGGGUUGAAGUAAAAGAGGAGGGUGAGUGGGAUUUUUACUGGUGUGAUGUCUGCUGGCUUCGGGAGAAUUUUGACCAUACCUACAUGGAUGAACAUGUUCGCAUCUGCCACUUCCGGAACCACUACGAGCUGACUCGUAAGAAUUACAUAGUGAAGAACCUGAAGAGGUUUCGGAAGCAGAUAGAAAGAGAGGCAGGAAAGCUGGAGGCAACAAAAUGUGACUUUUUCCCCAAGACCUUUGAGAUGCCAUCAGAGUACCACUUGUUUGUGGAAGAAUUUCGCAAGAAUCCUGGCAUCACCUGGAUUAUGAAACCAGUUGCCAGGUCACAAGGGAAAGGCAUUUUUCUGUUCCGAAAACUCAAGGAUGUCAUUGACUGGAGGAAGGAUGGGGUCCGUACAGAUGAUCAGAAAGAUGAAACUCAAGUAGAGAAUUAUGUAGCUCAGUGCUAUAUUGAAAACCCAUAUUUAAUAGGAGGUCGAAAGUUUGACUUGAGAGUUUAUGUUCUAGUGAUGUCUUACAUCCCGCUGAAGGCCUGGUUAUACCGGGACGGCUUUGCUCGCUUCUCCAACACACGCUUCACUCUAAGUAGCAUAGAUGAUCAUUAUGUGCAUCUCACCAAUGUAGCAGUGCAGAAGACUGCACCUGACUAUGAUCCAGAGAAGGGCUGCAAGUGGAUGAUUCAGCGGUUCCGACAGUACCUGACUGCCAAGCAUGGGGCAGAAGUGGUGGAGACUCUUUUUGCAGAAAUGGACAACAUUUUCAUCAAGAGCCUACAGAGUGUUCAGAAAGUGAUCAUCAGCGACAAACACUGUUUUGAACUGUAUGGAUACGACAUCCUGAUAGACCAGGAUCUCAAGCCCCGGCGUUCCGGUUACAACCCUCAAUGGCUUGUCAGCAUCAGUCUGAUGUCUCUGCAGUGCCACUGGGGACGGCUUUAUUUAAACUGGCUUCUUGAGGUUAAUGCUUCUCCCUCACUCACUGCCAGUAGUCAGGAGGACUAUGAGCUCAAGUGUCGCCUUCUCAAGGACACAUUGCAUAUUGUGGACAUGGAGGGCAGGCUGACAGGGAAGGAGAAGCGUAUUGGGGGCUUUGACCUGAUGUGGAAUGAUGGUCCGGUCAGUAGAGCAGAAGGGAAUGUGGAUACACCAGUAAACGGAAGCUUCAUGGCAAACACACAUUUAGGCUACAACAAUGACAGGAAAAAACAGCUGAAGCAGCUCUUCAAACCUCUUCAUACCCAGCAGAAAGUUUAA